GCGGGGCGGCGUGCGGGGAGAGCGCGGGGCGCGGGGCCGACGGACGCCGCAUCGUGCUGGGGAGCGGAAGCGGGAGAGCCGGGCCGUUCCGGAGCGAACCCGACGGUUUCCAUGGAUCUCAAUAGUGCCAGCAGUGUUGUUCUUCAGGUCUUAACACAGGCCACCAGUCAAGAUACCACCGUGCUAAAGCCAGCUGAGGAGCAGUUGAAACAAUGGGAAACACAGCCAGGUUUCUAUUCAGUGUUGCUGAAUAUUUUCACAAACCACUCUCUGGAUAUAAAUGUCAGGUGGCUGGCUGUGCUGUAUUUUAAGAAUGGAAUCGACCGUUACUGGAGAAGGGUAGCACCUCAUGCUCUCUCAGAGGAGGAGAAAUCUACAUUGCGUGCAGGGCUAAUCACCAACUUCAAUGAACCAAUUAACCAGAUUGCAACUCAGAUUGCAGUUCUCAUUGCCAAAGUUGCUCGGUUGGACUGUCCCAGACAGUGGCCUGAAUUGAUACCCACUCUUAUAGAAUCUGUGAAAGUCCAAGAUGAUCUCCGACAGCACAGAGCACUACUUACCUUCUAUCACGUUACUAAAACUUUGGCCUCUAAACGCCUGGCUGCUGAUAGAAAACUUUUUUAUGAUUUAGCUUCUGAAAUUUAUAAUUUUGCCCGCUCUCUGUGGAAUCACCAUACAGACACAUUCCUUCAACAUGUAUCUUCUGGCAAUGAAGCUGCAGUUCUGAGUUCACUAGAACGAACUCUACUAUCAUUGAAAGUGCUACGUAAGUUAACUGUUAAUGGAUUUAUGGAACCUCAUAAAAAUAUGGAAGUAAUGGGUUUUUUACAUGGAAUAUUUGAACGUUUAAAACAGUUUCUGGAAUGCAGUAGAAAUAUAGGUACAGAUAACAUAUGUAGGGAUAGACUGGAAAAGACCAUCAUUCUUUUUACUAAAGUGCUUUUGGACUUCUUGGAUCAGCAUCCCUUUUCAUUUACUCCGCUAAUUCAGAGAUCAUUGGAAUUUUCUGUAAGCUAUGUAUUUACAGAAGUUGGUGACGGUGUUACAUUUGAACGAUUCAUUGUCCAAUGCAUGAAUCUUAUUAAGAUGAUUGUCAAAAAUUAUGCUUAUAAACCAUCAAAAAAUUUUGAAGAUAGUAGUCCGGAAACUCUUGAGGCUCAUAAAAUUAAGAUGGCAUUCUUUACAUUUCCCACUUUGACUGAGAUCUGUAGAAGAUUGGUGUCUCAUUAUUUUCUCUUAACUGAAGAAGAACUGACAAUGUGGGAAGAAGACCCAGAAGGCUUUACAGUGGAAGAAACUGGAGGAGAUUCUUGGAAAUAUAGCUUGAGGCCUUGCACUGAAGUACUAUUUAUAGAUAUAUUCCAUGAAUAUAAUCAAACUCUUACUCCUGUACUUCUUGAAAUGAUGCAAACACUUCAAGGGCCUACUAAUGUGGAAGAUGUGAAUGCACUAUUAAUCAAAGAUGCUGUAUAUAAUGCCGUUGGAUUAGCUGCUUAUGAGCUGUUUGACAGUGUUGAUUUUGAUCAGUGGUUUAAAAACCAACUUCUUCCGGAAUUACAGGUUGUUCACAACAGAUAUAAGCCACUACGACGUAGGGUGAUAUGGCUGAUUGGUCAGUGGGUUUCUGUGAAAUUCAAGUCUGAUUUAAGACCCAUGUUAUAUGAGGCAAUUUGCAGCUUACUUCAAGAUCAAGACUUAGUGGUUCGUAUUGAAACAGCUACAACUCUGAAGUUAACUGUUGAUGAUUUCGAGUUUAGAACAGACCAGUUUCUACCGUAUUUGGAAACCAUGUUCACACUGCUUUUUCAGUUACUGCAGCAAGUUACGGAAUGUGACACAAAGAUGCAUGUUUUGCAUGUCCUUUCUUGCGUGAUUGAAAGAGUUAAUAUGCAGAUACGACCAUAUGUGGGAUGCUUGGUACAAUAUUUGCCUCUUCUUUGGAAGCAGAGUGAAGAGCAUAAUAUGUUGAGAUGUGCUAUUUUGACAACGCUUAUACAUCUUGUUCAGGGAUUAGGAGCAGACAGCAAGAACCUGUAUCCUUUCCUGCUCCCAGUUAUUCAACUGAGUACAGAUGUUUCCCAGCCUCCACAUGUUUAUCUUCUGGAAGAUGGUUUAGAAUUAUGGUUAGUGACUUUGGAAAAUAGCUCAUGUAUUACACCAGAACUGCUUCGUUUAUUUCAGAAUAUGUCACCACUUCUUGAACUUGCUUCAGAAAAUCUAAGAACUUGCUUAAAGAUCAUCAAUGGUUAUAUCUUUUUAUCAUCAACAGAAUUUUUACAGACAUAUGCACUAGGUCUGUGCCAAUCCUUUUGUGAACUUCUAAAGGAAAUCACUACAGAAGGUCAAGUUCAAGUUCUUAAGGUUGUGGAAAAUACCCUCAAAGUAAACCCAGUAUUAGGUCCGCAAAUGUUUCAACCUAUUCUACCCUGUGUUUUUAGAGGCAUUAUUGAAGGGGAGAGAUAUCCUGUAGUGAUGUCAACAUACCUUGGAGUUAUGGGUCGAGUCCUGCUACAGAACGCUAGCUUUUUUUCUUCACUACUUAAUGAGAUGGCGCAUAAAUUUAAUCAGGAGAUGGACCAACUUUUAGGAAAUAUGAUUGAAAUGUGGGUUGAUCGUAUGGACAAUAUUACCCAGCCCGAAAGAAGAAAACUUUCAGCAUUGGCUCUACUUUCUCUUCUGCCAUCAGAUAAUAGUGUUAUCCAAGAUAAAUUCUGUGGGAUUAUAAACAUCUCGGUGGAGGGUCUGCACGAUGUCAUGACAGAAGAUCCUGAAACAAGAACUUAUAAAGACUGUAUGUUGAUGUCUCAUCUGGAGGAACCAAAAGUAACAGGCGAGGAAGAACCACCCACAGAACAGGAUAAGAGGAAAAAAAUGCUGGCCCUGAAGGACCCCGUGCACACAGUGUCGCUGCAGCAGUUCAUCUAUGAGAAGCUCAAGGCCCAGCAGGAGCUCCUGGGAGAGCAAGGUUUUCAGUCCCUCAUGGAGACGGUGGACACGGAGAUUGUCACCCAGCUGCAGGAGUUUCUGCAGGGCUUCUGAGAGCCCAGGCAUGCAGCCGCCUCCCAUUCCAGAAACAUCUGAGGAAUCCAGCCUGUCGUCUGUGUGAGAGCCUGCUGAGACGCUCAAGAAAUCUCUUCUGUAGGAAAAUGAAGAAGUAAAGAACACUUUUUUUUGGUACAACAAAAUUCAACAAGUAAAUGUAAAUCCCACAUAAUUAAAACCACCAAGCUGCUCCUCAGAAGGAUUUAAUUUUGUAUUUAUUAGGGGCCCUGUGUUUACUAGAGAGAGAGAUUUGACAGCAGUAGCUGCAUAGUUUCCUGUUAAGCAAAGAAACCAUUCAAUUACCUUUUAAUCAUGUGCUCUUAAUACUUGAGAAGAUAAGGGUUCAUGUCUGAGAUGUUUUUCUGCAGCCCAAAUUAGUUAAGUUUGGCUGCUUUUUUUUUUUAAAGCAAUGCGUCGACAAGGUGGAAACACAAUGCUAUUCAGAUGGUACAUUUAAAGAAAUCCGUGCACCAGGCAGAAAUAGAUUGGGACAGAUACCUAGGUUCUCUUUUAAGGAAGUAGCUUUAAUCUGACAUAGAAAUGUGUUUUAUCACGGGCUUUUAUCUUCAUUCUAGUAAUUUGAUAUGGGAAUUAGUAAAGGGACUUUUUUUCCUCACGUCAUUUUCAGUAAUUACAUGUAGUCUUCCUGUCAGUGCACAUUGUAAGGCCCGCCGAGGCGAGCCUGUGCUGCUGGAGUGCCAGCCAGAAGACUUCUGGCCGUGCUUUGCCCCGGUCCUGCUGUCAGUCCCGCUGACCAGGAACACUGUGCUCACCGGGAAGCAGCCGGUGACCCCACAGAACCUCCCUGUGCUAUGCAGGGCAGUGGCGGGCUGGCCAGUACUUACAGGUCUUCUUCCUUAUGACCACUGGACCUCAGUGACACGGGUACCCCUGGUGGACCCAGCAUCUGUCCCCGGGGUAUGACGCUCACGUGACAUGUCUUCCUUAUUCCUCCGGUGUGGAAUACCAAAAAGAGGGGGAGGAGAAAAUAAAGCCUUACUUUGUUGUACUUGC